CCCGCCCCCCUGCGCACCCCGGCCGGCACAUGCGCGGUUGGGCGGAGCGCUUCCGGCGGGGCUAUGGCGCGCGGGCUGCUUCCGAGCUACCUGCUGCUGCUGGCGCAGGAGAACCUGGAGUUCCGGCUGCCGGAGAUAAAGUCCUUGCUCUCACUUUGUGGUGGACAAUUCAGCAGUCAACAAGAAAUUCGUAUAAAUUCUCCAUUUUGGAUUCUCAAUAUUCCUUCAGAAGAGAUGGCAAGAGGACUAAUGAAAAGGACAGUAUGUGCAAAGUCUGUAUUUGAACUGUGGGGUCAGGGAAAAUCUGCAGAGGAACUGUACACAUCUCUGAAGAACUACCCAAUGGAGAAGAUGGUUCCGUAUCUACAGUCAAACUCAACAUACAAAAUACAUAUUCAUGCAUUUAACAAAACACUGACACAAGACAAAAAAAUUAGAAGGAUAGAUGCUCUGGAAUUUCUGCCAUUUGAGGGGAAAGUGAAUUUAAAAAACCCAGAACAUAUCUUCUGGAUUCUGGAAGAUUAUGGAAUGGACCCUAACAACGUUCCAGAAGACCCUCUUGAUUUGUAUUUUGGUAGAUGGAUUGCGAAUGGUCAAAGGGAGCUUAUUGAGUCAUACAGUGUAAAAAGGAGGCAUUUUAUUGGGAACACAAGCAUGGAUGCCUGCUUGUCUUUCAUCAUGGCAAACCAUGGGAGAGUAAAAGCAAAUGAUGUUGUGUUUGAUCCAUUUGUUGGAACAGGUGGCCUUCUUAUAUCCUCUGCACGUUUUGGAGCAUAUGUGUGUGGUACUGAUAUAGAUUAUAAUACUGUCCAUGGAUUAGGCAAGGCUAGCAGGAAGAACCAGAAGUGGAGAGGACCAGAUGAGAAUAUCAGAGCUAACCUUCGGCAGUAUGGUUUGGAGAAGUACUAUCUUGAUGCACUUGUUUCUGAUGCAUCAAAACCUAUAUGGAGGAAGGAAAUGCUUUUUGAUGCAAUUAUUACAGAUCCUCCAUAUGGCAUACGAGAAGCUACUAGAAGAACUGGUUCACAAAAAGAAAUACUUAAAGCAACAGAAAGAGGCACAGAAAAUCACAUCUCCAUUUCCUCGAACUAUCAUCUGAGUGAUAUCUUUUUUGACUUGUUAAACUCUGCGGCAGAGUACCUGGUGAUGGGAGGAAGAUUGGUGUACUGGCUACCAGUUUACAAACCUGAAUAUACAGAAGAGAUUAUACCCCGGCACCCCUGCCUGAAACUUAUUAGUAACUGCGAGCAGAUGCUUUCCAGCCACACGUCAAGACGCUUGAUAACCAUGGAAAAGGUGAAAGAAUUUGAGUUUCAGGUCUGGGAAACAAAACAGAAAAAGAGGGAUGGGAGACGUCAUUGCACUGGAGUAGGUAAUAUUAGGGAGAGGAAGGGGAGCUUUAAGGUGAUAAUUCAAAUGAUAAAGUUCAACUUUUGUCCCUGACCUGUUGCUUUGCUUAAAGAGCGGGAGCUAGGGGAAGAAAAGGCACAUUAUUUGGAAACUGCACCUGGCAAUUCAGUGGGUUUGACACCAACCCAAGAGGGUUUGACACCAACACUUUAAUUGUGUGAAAUCUGCUGUGCUGCAGAUUUCAUUAACUAGUGGGGCCCAUGCACUUACUGUAAGGUAUAUAUGAAGAGAGAGCCUCUUAGAGAUUUGGCAGAGAUACUGUUGCAGGAUUAGUGCUUGUAUAAACCUGCUGACUUCAGCCAUUAUUCAGAAGCAUAUUUUAGUUACCCAUUAUAUUCUGUUCAUUGUAAUUACCUAACAUCCAGCAAAAAUAGUAGAGAAUAAAUUAUUUCCAAAAGAUCUUGCAUGUAUUUGUCAUUUUUUUUUAUGGCUAAAGUCAGAAUAUCAGUACUGUUCAGAUUCUACCCAUUCAGCUUGUCAUUAGGUAACAGGUUGUCAUGCUGCCUAGCAUGGGACAGAGCUAUGGGUGCCAAUUUCAGGUCAGACUGCCAGAAAACAGGGCAUGCACCCCAAACUGGUGGCUUAUUCUAUCAUAAGACUUCACCAAGCCAGUAACAAAUGUGUGCUUCCAAAUUACUAUUCUAGUUAUUAUGAAGCCACAGACUGUCCCAUCAGGCCCUCUAGCCUCUCAUGCACCAUCCAGACAAACCAGACUUCUGUGAUAAAUGAUUCUUAAAACCAGAAAUAACAUCUAUUAGGUUCUUCCAGUUCUAGUGAACCAGACACUCACCCCAGGUCAAUAUGUACUUCAGGAUCUUACCAAAUACCGCAUUUAGGUUUUUCAGGCAUCCGGUUUUCGACCAGAACGCCCAGUCGAAAAGGGACCCCUGGCAGCUCUGCUCAGCAUAGUAGACAGGCUGCUAAAAGUCCAGUUGGCUGCAGCGGGGUAGGCAGACUUCGUGUGGUUCCUGGGAAGCAGCCUGCAUGUGUCUCAAACUCGUAGGCAGAGGGGUGGCCAGGGAGGUUCUGUGCACUGCCCUCACCUGCAGGCAUCAUCCCGAGUAUUGGUUCCACAGCUGUCAUUGGCCGAGACUGUGGCCAAUGAGAGCUGUGGGGGCCGCACCUGCAGGCAGGGGCAGAGGAUGGAACUCUCUGGCCACUUCUCCACCUAGAAGUCGGAGGGACAUGUCGCCACUUCCUGGGCGCUGCCUGCGGUCAGUGCCACCUGGAGCCCCCUCCUAUGCCCCAACCACCUUCCCCAGCCCUGAGCCCCCCCUUGCCCGCAUCCCCAGGCCAGAGCCCAUACCCCAAACCCCAGCCCAGAGCCCCCUCCCACACUCUAAAACUCUUGAUUCCAGCUCAGAGCCCCUUCCUGCACCCCAAACCCUUCAUCCCAAGCCCACACCCCCAGCUGGAGCCCUCACCCCUUGCCAUACCCCAACCCCCUGCCCCAGCCUGAAGCCCCCUCUCACACUCCAAAUCCCUUGGCCCCAACCCAGAGUCUCCUCCUGCACCCCAACCCCCUCUUCCCUGGCACUACCCCAAAGCCCACACACUCAGCCCAGAGCCUGUACUCCCUCCCAUACCCUAAUCUCCUGCCCCAGCCUGGUGAAAAUGAGCAAGUGAGCGAGUGAUGGAUGGAGGGGGGAUGCAGUGAGUGGACGGCAGAGCCUCCAAGAAGGGGCGAAGCUAGGGUGGGGCCUCGGAGAAGGGGCACGGUGAGGCAAGAAUGUUCAGUUUUCUGCGGUUAGAAAGUUGGCUGCAGCACUGAUUGCCAAUCUUUAGUAAAAUAAGUAAAGAUUUAUUAAUAAAAAAAAAAGAGAAGAGUUGUUAAAACGUUAAAAUGAAUCCUAUGCAUUACAAUUGAUUUCAGAGUUUGUAGAUCAGGAUAAUAGCAGUGAUGUUAAAUCUGUUAGCUUGCAAUAAGUUUCUCUGGCUCUUCCAAAAGACUGGGAGUAUUCAGUCCCUUGUUCAAAGCUUCCCUUUGUUAGAAAUCAUAGUCCAGAGAUGUGGAGCAGGAAAGAGGCCAGGAGUGGUCAGUCUCCAGUUUAUACCCCCAGUUCAUUUACUGAUGGAGACAAACUAUCUCAAACAUGGAGUCAGGGGCCACAUGCUCUACAAGUCUUGUUGAGUCACUGGGCCUCCAUUGUUCAUACUGUCUGUGAGGCAUCCUCAGGAGGGGUGCACUGGAACAGCUGAUUCUCCUUAAUGGCUCAUCAACACAUGGCUGGCUCAUCUUGAUGUAAAUCUGUCUUCUGGGUGUUACCAAGGGACACAACAUGUUUGAGUUACAAACACAUAGCAAACAUUCUUAACCUUCGUAUACAAUGAUAAUACAUGGAUAUAAAUAGGAUAACAUUGUUCAACAGAUUACAUCUUUUUUAAUUAUACUUUACAACAGGGAUUGGCAACCUUUCAGAAGUGCUGUGCCAAGUCUUCAUUUAUUCACUCUGAUUUAAGGUUUUGCGUGCCAGUAAUACAUUUUAACGUUUUUAGAAGGUCUCUUUCUAUAAGUCUAUAAUAUAUAACUAAACUAUUGUUGUAUGUAAAGUAAAUACGGCUUUUAAAAUGUUUAAGAAGCUUCAUUUAAAAUUA